GUGAUGACCACCACGGACGAAUACGAGUCAGAAUCCAGUAACUUCUCUCAAACCAGUGGUCCUUUUUUAGGGGGCAGAACAAACCAAGGACAAAGACGCCUACCACCACGAGGCAAACAACAAAGAAACCGUGCAGACGGUCGCUAAAAAAGAAGAGACGCCAAGAGCCACAGUUUCAGUGCUACACCAACACCAACCGACCACAAUGCAGAGUUGGGAGCCGCCGCAGCAACCCCAGAGACCAGCGAAGAGCAGAAUGAUCACUCGACUACCACAUUCAGAGAUCUCAGGGACCAGCAUGGGAUCGAAGAUGGCCCCGAGCUUCGCCUCCUUGUACUGCGGCCUCUUCGAACAGCAACACAUCUGGGAUGAAUGCAACCCUCAUCUUCAACACAUCACUAACUGGAAACGCUACAUCGACGACGUGUUCUUUAUUUGGCAAGGUACAGAGAGUCAGCUCAAAACAUUCCACGAAUACAUAAAUUCACGUAACACACACUUAAGAUUCACCAUGGAAUACAGCAAACAUCAAAUGAGCUUUUUAGACAUACUGGUGUAUAGGCAUGGAGAACACUUAGGUACCACUCUUUACCGUAAGCCAACUGACAAAAACUCAAUCCUACACGGCCUUUCAUAUCAUCCAGUUCCACUGAAAAAAAGUUUACCCAUUUCACAGUUUAGCCGCAUCAGACGGCUCUGCAGCAAAGACGAGGACUUUCAGAAGGAAGCCCAGGACCUGGAGGCCCGGUUCGGAGACAGACAGUACAAGCCUGAGUGGAUCACAAGCGCUAGGAGGCGCUUCAAUGGUGUCCCUGUGGGCUGGCCUACAUUGGAAAAACAACCAGGAGCUUGAAAACCAGGAUAGCUGAACAUCGGUCGAAUAUCCGCAACCACAACGAGAAGAGUCCAGUGGCGCUUCACUUCACAGCUGCCUCACACAACGUCUCAACUCUCAGGUACAUAGGCAUUGAACAUGUCAAGUGCCCAAGUCGUGGAGGGGAUGUGAAUUCCCUUCUACUAAAGAGAGAAGCAUUCUGGAUAUACACAUUGGGGACCCUGUCUCCUAGAGGGUUAAAUGAAGACUUUGACCUGAGACCUUUCCUGUGAAUCCAAUCUUACUAGCUCCUGGUCUUCAGAUCUAGCGCCAACAUGUGACUCUAGAGAUGGGGUCCCUCAGCGCCAACCUGUGACUCUAGAUUUAAUAUCCCUUAGCGCCAACCUGUGACUCCUGACAUAGUAUCCCUCAGCGCCCACCUGUGACUCUAGAUGCGCGGCCUCCCAGCGCCAACCUGUGACUCUAGAUGUGGUGUCUCCUGCCGCCAACCUGUGACUCUAGAGAGGGAACCUUUCCUCCACUGUUGCGGCCCUCCUGUAUGCAUAUGUGAUGUGGUGUCUCCUGAAACUGUGUGCUAAUGGACUUCUCUUCACAUGCCCCCGUGAUGGACUUAAUAUCACUUGUGCCAACACUUUUGACUAAUCUUGCUAACAUGUAUAGAAUGGGGAAUGGUAUUUCAGGCAUAUUUGCCUUUUUUCAUUUAUUCUUUAUUUUUAUUUACAAUUUUUUCUCACAAUAUAUCAUUCCUUAUGUGUUUUCCUGUUGUAUAUGAACAUAUGUAUAUAGUGUCACCUGUGUGUAUAGGGGAGUGUCAUUUGUAAUAUGUAUGAUGUCAUCAGCUCUGUGAGUAAUGAGUGGUGGGACUUGGGAGCCAAUUUAUUCAUAGUGAUUGUUAACACCUGCAAUGGGAUCAUGUGAUCACCUGGAAUUUGUAUAUAUGGGGUGUGUAUUUCUAUGUAUUGUCACGUCUGAAGAAGGGGUAAAACCCGAAACGUCACGUAAAAUAAA